UAUUCUACCAGGUUUGACGAAGUUUGUAUUGCGACGUUGCCAAAUUUGACACACACUGUGGUUCAUUAUGCUAAAAAUUAUUCUCUCGCUCUCGCUGUUCUCUCAUUGCUCUUAUUAUUGUUGUUAUCCUCCACAUGAGAGAGAAAAUAUUAUUUUUUUGGAAGAAAACAUUCAGUUUUGGUUCAGAGAAGACAGACGGAAGACGCUUCAUAACAUCGCGCGGUUUCAAAAUAAGAAAAAAAAAGAAAAAAUAAUCAUAAAUUGACUGAUUUACAAUCAGAAGUGAAUUUCAAGAUCAAUCGAUUCUAGUCAAACAUAAAAAUCCUAUCAUAAACUUCUCGGUAACACAAAAAAAUAGUUGAAAGUAAAAGUUCUUUAAUGCUAAAACAUAAAAAGAAUAGCAGAGAGAAAAGAAGAAUAACUACAUAAAAUGGAAUAUCAAAUAUUAAGGAAUAAAGUUGAGAAGUAUAACGAACAGAAUAAAUACAUAAAUAAUUACUUAAAUAAAUAAAAACAUUGAAAGUUAUCGAAUGUUGGUGAAAGUGAUUUAAAAAUAAUUAAAAUUUAAAACACAAAGUUUAGUUGUUCGUGGAAAUAAAAAGAGUUCCGAAAAGCAAUCAAAUUAGAGUUUAAAUGGCUGUAACAAAUAUCGUAUGUGAGUGGCUUAAAGCACUCGGUUUGUCACAAUACGCCGCGAGCUUUCUUGAUAAUGGUUAUGAUGACUUGGAAAUCUGCAAACAAAUUGGCGACCCAGAUUUGGACGCAAUCGGUGUUCAAAACCCAAAUCAUCGACACAAACUUCUUAAAAGCGUCAGAUUGUUGCGUGAGAAUGGUGCGGCAAGUGUUUACUUCCAAAUCAACGAUCCUAACUCUUUAUUUAAUUGUGAUGAACUGGAGCGAGACAAUUCGCCUCUUCUUGGGUUGGAAUCUCUUGUUAUAGAGCAAUUAGAAGCCGAUGGCGUUUGUUUAAGUAGUUAUCCUUACUCAACACCCGAUGGUAGUCGAGGUCAUUUAGAAGGUUUAGCUUCUGUUUAUUGUGAAUUAUUAAUGGCACCUUACCUUGAUGUUCUCACCGCCCUAGAGGAUGUCAGACAAAGAGCAUGGUUGAAAAGAAGUCCAAAACAUAGUCCUGGCAUGUCAAAGGGACAUAGAGGAAGUUCCAACCAAAUCGGAACCCUGCCCAAUAGUCACAGUCAACCUUUAUAUGUCCCGGGAAAAUACUCGCCAUCGAGUUGUCUCUCCGACAAGGAGGAAGAUGAAAUUUAUGGUUUCGGCUACGGCGUGUUCGCUUCGAGAAUUGGUCGUGGCGGAAUCCAAUCGACUCAGCAAUUAGACAAAAUGGACAGCCAACAAUCAUUACCAAAUAAUACCAAUAAUGUACCUGUGGCACAACAACAAGGGCCAUCCGGUCCCCGACCAGCGUAUUUCUUUGAACUCUCACACGAGGCUCGGGAAACGAAUAAAAAGCGAUCGACUUUAAUGAGAUUGCUGAGAGGCUUAAAGACUGUAAAUAGGAAAGCAAACCAAAAUCCAUCAAUCACACAGCAUAAGCAAUCAAAUGAAAGACUGAGACAAUACCAAUUGAAUGGCGGUGCACCACAUCAAAGCUUUGAAGAGACAAUCCAUCGAAUUUUACGAGACAUUCAGCAAGGAUUGUUCCAACAAGCAGCAAGAGCAGGAGAAACGUCGCUAUACGAUGGCUCCAUAUCAAGUAGCAACUAUAGCAAUAUAAACAGACAUCAUCAUUGGUACGAUGAACCACCUUAUGAGAGUGAACCGGAUGACUUGAUAAUGUCUGAGAUGUUAGCAGCAGCAACAAUUCAGGACGGACAAGUUUGCUAUCGAACGAAUGGGCCGGGAAUAAUUUCUUUACGUUCCGCCGGUGAUAUAUCUGUUUCUUCGCAACAACAACAGCCAGUAAAACGAGGACUUUUUGUGCCACAACAGUUGAGCAAUUCACCAUUGAAAAGAAUAAGCGAAGAUUAUCGAGGCUCCGUAUCAGACAUUGAUAGCAUAACAUCGCGAAGAAGCCAAAUAUCUAUUGAAGCAAAUUGCGUAGCAUAUUAUCGACCUUUGAUAGGACGAACAAUCGAACCACCAUCGCCUUCCCAUCUAUCAGAUUCAGAAGACAAUGACGAUUAUCUCGCCUCAAACAUGGUGAUAUUAAAUGGAAUGAACAAUCUUUCUAGCGGCCUAUCGAAUCCAACAUCAAGCACAAAUGAUUUGAAAUUAAAACGAAAUUAUCCUUCGUCAAUGGGCAAAGUAUCAGUCACCGGUUACCAGAAUAAAACUUUUGAUUACGAUUAUCAUUGUUCUGGCAGUUCAGUUGAGAGAUUAUCAAGCGCAAGUGGGUCGAGCACACAGCCAUUAGUAAGAUCAGGAAGUCCCAACAGCUCACUGUCAGCUGACGAAAAAGCAAGCUAUGUGUCAAUCUGUCGUGCGAGAGCUGUUGUAGAUAGUUCGGGUUUUCCCUUUGAGAAAGACUCAUUAGAAUUUAAGAAAGGCGAUAUAAUUGACGUGAUUACAAUGAAUGCUUCGGGUGUUUGGGAAGGAAGAGUGAAUGGAAAAUUUGGACACUUUAGAUUUACAAACGUGGAAGUUCUUCCCGAACAAAAGGAGAAAAGUUUUAAAAGGCAAACUCGUAUGGUUAGAAAAGGUUGUCGUCCCUCAACGGUAGAAGAGCUUCUUUGUCGAAUAGGAUUGAAGGAGUACACUGCAGCUUUCACAGCAUAUGGGUAUGAAGAUUUAGAAUUAUUUAAGAAACUCGAUUCGGCAGAUCUCGAUUUUCUGGAAAUCACAAAUGCGGAACAUCGAGCGAAGCUUUUAGCUGCUGUUCAAUUGUUGAAUUCAACCGACAUAACAAUGUCAACAAAUUCUGAUUAUAUUGCUGGUUCGAGUUCAGAGAAUGAUGAAAGUCGAUUGAGUCAAAUACAACAAAAGAAGAAUUCACAAUCUCCAUUCAGCAAUCGUCGACGAUUUCCACGCGAUUCAGGAUGCUUUGAAGGAGCUUCACUGCCAAAUUUUUUCACCUCUUCCUCCAUGCAAAGCACUUCAGAGUCUAACGGAAUGAAUGAUAUUCAAGUAGUUCAAUGUUCGAAUGGAACGACGAGUGAGAGAAAUAAUACGAGCGAGAACAGCACUCGUCUACCUUCUAUAACAGCAACGAAAAAAGGUUUUAUCAAGAAAGGUCUGCUGGGUGGAACAAGCAACAUCGAUGAAAUAUAUUCGUGUACGGAAGGUGGCGGUACAUUAAGUGAAAAAUCAAGUGAUUCUGGCGUCAGCAGCAGUUCUCCUAUAAAAAAUAUAUAGAAUUCAAUUACAGCGAAGUGGAAAGCUAUGCAACAUUUUCGCUUCGAAUUGAGUUGAAUUAAGUAUGAAACAGCAAAAGUAUCAGAAAGUUAGUUUCAUAGAACUUUAUCAAGAGAAAACUGUUUAUUUUCACUCAUAGUUUUCUCUCAGUAUAUCUUAAUAUAUAAAAACAAAAGAACGAAGAAGAAUUUCAAUGUGUUGAGACGAAAAAAAAGAAGGAAGGAAGAAAAAGUCCCUUUUGAUAUUAAAUGAAACCCAAGAAAAAUAUUCAAAUUGAUAUCAUAGAAUAAGGAAGUAGAUUUGCUAGGAUUUCCUCGAGACAUAAGCUACUUAAGAAAAGCCUAAGAAUUUCCCAUCAUUGUGGCUUUGAAUGUGGAUGCCGAAGCAUGCAAACUGCACGUAAUUUCAAUAAUUCUUCUGUCAUCAGUAAAAGGCCCCAAGAGAUAUUAAAUUCAUCCUUUAUAGUGAAAUAAAAAUUUGUGAAAAGUCCCAAAAAGUUGGUUGAUUCAACCAACUUCAAUUAUUGAAUACAUAUUUAAGAGUAGUUUCUAUUUAAAAGUUUAUAAUGAAAUAGGAUAAAAGUUUUUCUUUUCUCUCUCUCUACUUACUUAUGAUUUUUCGAAUAUCUUGUUAUAAAACUUCUUGAGAGCUAACUAGAAAGACUAUAUAGAGUACGAGAAUCAAAAUAAGUCGAACGAUAACCAACGAAUAAAGAAAAAGCAAUUUUUUUGAUGAUAAUUUCCGAGUUUAAAAUGAAAUUUCUUUUUUUUUUCUUAUGAAAGAGAAUGAAGAACCACUUUAGAAAUUUGUAGAUGAAUAAAAAAAGUUCUUUUGAUUUACAAAAAGAAGGAAAGAAAUUAAAUAAAGCAUGAAUGACAAUUUGUUAAAUUAUAUUUGAUGAAACUUUUCUUUUAUCGCUUUCCAUGGCCAGGGAUGU